GGGGCCAGCUCGGCGGACGGCCCAUCCGGGGAGCGGCGGCCGCCCCUCUUUUUCUUUUUAACCCCGCCGCCUUCCUUCCCUCGAGCCCGCCGGCCGCCUCUCUCUCUCUCUCUCUCUCCCUCAUCCCGCCUCGCCCGCCAACCAGGCCGGCGUCACGCAGCGCCAUGGCUCCCGCCGGCGACCGCGAGGGCUACUGGGGGAAGCCCACCUCCACCCUGGACUGGUGCGAGGAGAACUACGUCGUCUCCCACUACAUCGCCGAGUUCUGGAACACCGUUAGUAAUUUGAUUUUCAUUCUACCUCCAAUCUAUGGUGCAAUUCAGAGUCACAGAGAUGGCCUCGAAACCCGAUAUAUAAUAGCUUAUUUGUGUGUCGCAGCCGUAGGUUUGGGCUCGUGGUGCUUUCACAUGACCCUAAAGUAUGAAAUGCAGCUGUUGGAUGAGCUGCCCAUGAUCUACAGUUGUUGCAUGUUUGUCUACUGCCUGUAUGAAUGUUUCAAGUACAAGAAAACCAUCAAUUAUCCCCUCCUGUUUAUACUAAUUGGCUACAGCAUUGGCGUCAGCAUAGUAUACCUAAAUUGGAAACAGCCGGUGUUUCAUCAGGUUAUGUAUGGGACGCUGGUGGCUGUUCUGGUACUGCGAUCUGUAUAUAUAGUCUUAUGGGUAUACCCGUGGCUGAGGGGCCUAGGCUAUACGUCCCUGACAGUAUUUUUGCUAGGGUUUUUCCUUUGGAACGUAGACAACAUUUUCUGCGAUAAACUGAGGGCUUUGCGGGAGAGGCUACCUCCGAUUGUGAGCGUCGUGACGCAGUUUCACGCUUGGUGGCACAUUUUAACAGGCCUCGGGUCCUACCUUCAUAUCUUGUUCAGCUUAUAUUCAAGGACACUUUACCUGAAGUACAGGCCAAAGGUCAAGGGAAAAACAAAAGAUACGACAUACAUAAAAUCUGCAGUGUCAAUUUAACAUUGAGAAAGAAGAUAAAAGGGCACACGCAUCCUGAGCUAUAUUAUUCAAAAACAUAAUGAACCACUGUCAUUCCGCCCCCACCAAUAAAUUUUAUUGAGUUAUAAAACCUG